AUGAAAAAUAGGGAUACUAAAGAGCAGUUGGACAAUGAGUUAGUGUAUCAACCUCGGCUAAACGGAGAUAGUGAAAGAGCACCGCCCUGGCCCGAACCACAAUACGAAAACGAAAUCAUGUUUGUUUUACCAAGAAAACCUAGUGUCGGUGACAGAAUAACAAUUGGAGGCAUCUUGAAGACUAAUCCAAACUCGAUGUCAGUAAAUUUGCUAACUGGAAAUAUCUCACCUGAUUAUCAAAACAUAGCAUGUAAAUUUGAAGCUUUAUUUCCCAAUAAUGCAAAUAAUACAGAUAAAAUUAUACUCAAAGUAGUACAGAAUGGAAUCGAAGAAAUUAUACAAAGUGAUGAGGACAUAACUGCAACAGAUCUUUUCACAGAUAGUAAUUUUUCAUUCGUUAUCAGUAUAGGCUUAGUAAAUACUAAUUUUGAUAGUAUACCUGCUGCGGAUAUUUAUAUAGGUGGAUCAUCUUUGGCAAAAGUCCCAUUAAAACACAACUUAAAUAGUGUAAAGUUUUUGAUGCUGAAUGGAGAUAUUGAAAGGGUAAACACUUUAGAUUUUCAAUUCUCUUGAAAUAUUUGAUGUAGGAUUUACACAACUAUAAUAUUUUUAUAUUUAUGAUUGUUGAAGAAUGCAUUUCUUAAAAAUAGGGUAUUAAAUAGUAAACACAGAAAUUGAAUAUAAUAUUAUUUCUUUGUAGUGUGUUUAGUAUUAAAGCUUAUUUUAGAUUUUGACAUAACAAUAAGAAUGCACACUUGUGUUUAAGAAGAUAUUUGUCAUCCUAUAACUUCUUUAAAAUAAUAAACUGAUCGAGAUGAGUAUUAUGUGACUUUUAAUGAACAUUCAUAAACAUAGUAUUAAAUAAGAGAAAUGUGUUAAAACAUAAAAAUAAAUAUAUUAUAUCAGGAUUGACAAUGACACAUUUAGCAUGAAAUUAUUGUCAAUGAAGUUUACAAUGCCUUUUAAAUUUUGAGGAAAUUACGUUUUUGUUGCAAUAUUUUAUGAAUGUAUCAUAAUAUGAGUAUAAUCUUUUGUAUAAUUUCAUGGCAAAAUUUAAUUUAGUCACUGUUUUUCCCACCAGGUAGUUAAGUAAUAUUAUUCUGUUAUUGUUUCAUCAAAUAUUGAUUUCAUUUAUUAAUAUGCUAUUUUAAUUAUGUUACUUUUACUAUUGUGUAUUGCUUUGAAGUUACAUAAUAAUAAUAUGUAAAUUUUAAGCAAUACAUAAUGAAUUUUGUUAAUAAAUAUAUAAUAUUUGCAUAUUUUUUUGUUCUACAAAUAUGAUACUGUUAUAAAUAAUUAACAC